GAUUCGAAUUGGCGGCGGCUACUGGCUUGUGGUGCGGGUUUGGCUGCCGCCGCCCAGCAUUUUCUGGCCAUGGACACCCCGGAAAAUGUCCUUCAGAUGUUUGAAGCCCAUAUGCAGAGCUACAAGGGCAAUGACCCUCUUGGUGAAUGGGAAAGCUACAUACAGUGGGUAGAAGAGAAUUUUCCUGAGAAUAGAGAAUACUUGGCAACUUUACUGGAACAUUUAAUGAAGGAAUUUUUAGAUAAGAAGAAAUACCACAAUGACCCAAGAUUCAUCAAUUAUUGUUUAAAAUUUGCUGAGUACAACAGUGACCUCCAUCAGUUUUUUGAGUUUCUAUACAACCAUGGGAUUGGAACCCUGUCAUCCCUUCUGUACAUAUCCUGGGCGGGGCAUCUGGAAGCCCAAGGAGAGCUGCAGCAUGCCAGUGCUGUCCUCCGGAGAGGAAUUCAGAACCAGGCUGAACCUAGAGAGCUCCUGCAACAACAGUACAGGUUAUUUCAGACACGCCUCACUGAAACCCAUUUGCCAGCUCAAGCUAGAACCUCAGAACCUCUUCAUAAUGUUCAGAUUUCAAACCAAAUGGUAACAUCAAAAUCAAAUCCAGGAAAUAGUAUGGCCUGUAUUUCUAAGAAUCAGGGUUCAGAGCUUUCAGGAGUGAUAUCUUCAGCUUGUGAUAAAGAGUCAAAUAUGGAACAAAGAGUAAUCAUGAUUUCUAAAUCAGAAUAUUCUGUGCACUCAUCUUUGGCAUCCAAAGCUGAUGUUCAACAGGUUGUUAUGUAUUGCAAGGAGAAGCUUAUUCGUGGGGAAUCAGAAUUUUCCUUUGAAGAAUUGAGAGCUCAGAAAUACAAUCAACGGAGAAAGCAUGAACAAUGGGUAAAUGAAGACAGACAUUAUAUGAAAAGGAAAGAAGCAAAUGCUUUUGAAGAACAGCUAUUAAAACAGAAAAUGGACGAACUUCAUAAGAAGUUGCAUCAAGUGGUAGAGACAUCCCAUGAGGAGCUGCCCACUUCUCAGGAAAGGUCUGAGGUUAAUCCAGCAUGUAUGGGACCAAGUGUAGGCUCCCAGCAGGAACUGAGAGCUCCAUGUCUUCCAGUCAUCUAUCACCAGACACCAGUGAACAUGGAAAAGAACCCAAGAGAGGCACCUCCUGUUCCUCCUUUGGCAAAUACUAUUUCUGCAGCUUUGGUGUCCCAAGCUACUAGCCAGAGCAUUCCUCCUCCAGUUCCUUUGAAAGCCCAGGCAGUAACAGACUGUAUGUUUGCAGUGUCCAGAACAGAUGCUGGAUGUGUGAAUAAGAGUACUCAUGAAUUUAAGCCACAGAGUGGAACAGAGAUAAAAGAAGGGUGUGAAACACAUAAGGUUGCCAGCACAAGUUCUUUCCACACAACUCCAAACACAUCACUGGGAAUGGUGCAGGCAACACCAUCCAGAGUGCAGCCAUCACCCACCGUGCACACAAAAGAAGCAUUAGGUUUCAUAAUGAAUAUGUUUCAAGCUCCUACACUUCCUGAUAUUUCUGAUGACAAAGACGAAUGGCAAUCUCUAGAUCAUAAUGAAGAUGCAUUCGAAGCCCAGUUUCAAAAAAAUGUAAGGUCAUCUGGGGCUUGGGGAGUCAAUAAGAUUAUCUCUUCUUUGUCAUCUGCUUUUCAUGUGUUCGAAGAUGGAAACAAAGAAAAUUACGGAUUACCACAGCCUAAAAAUAAACCCACAGGAACCAGGACCUUUGGAGAACGCUCUGUCAGCAGACUUUCCUUCAAAACCAAAUGUAAGCAAACCUGUUUCAUCUAUGAAAUGGGUCCUACAACCCCUUCUGCUUUAUUCUACCAAGUGAUUAUGCCAGAAGUUCCUCACGCUGAAGAGUUUUUGGAUGAUUCAACCGUAUGGGGUAUUCGCUGCAACAAAACCCUAGCACCCAGUCCUAAGAGCCCAGGAGACUUCACAUCUGCCGCCCAACUUGCAUCUACACCAUUCCAUAAACUUCCAGUGGAGUCAGUGCUCAUUUUAGAAGAUAAAGAAAAUGUGGCAGCAAAACAGUGCACCCAUGUGACUUUGGAUUCUUGUGAAGAAAACAUGGUGGUACCUUCAAGGGAUAGAAAAUUCAGUCCAAUUCAAGAGAAAAACCCAGAACAGACCUUCUCCUCUGAUGUGUAUUCAGCAUCCUUACACCAUCUGAGCCAGCCUGCUGCAGGUGGGAUACUUACCUGUGAGGCAGAGCGAGGCCUUGAGGCUUGCAGACUCACAGACACUGACGCUGUCAUUGCAGGAGAUCCACCAGAUGCUACUGCUGGGCUCCAAGCAGAACGGAUGCAGAUGAGUUCACUUCAGAAGGUUGAUGCUCCAAACUUCAUUGUUGAGAACCCAUGGGAUGAUCAGCUGAUUUUCAAACUUUUAUCUGGGCUUUCUAAACCAGUGAGUUCCUAUCCAAAUGUUUUUGAAUGGCAAUGUAAACUUCCAGCCAUCAAGCCCAAGACUGAAUUUCAAUUGGGUUCUAAGCUGAUCUAUGUCCAUCACCUUCUUGGAGAAGGAGCCUUUGCCCAGGUGUACGAAGCUACCCAGGGAGAGGUGAAUGAUGCUAAAAAUAAACAGAAAUUUGUUUUAAAGGUCCAGAAGCCCGCUAACCCCUGGGAAUUCUACAUUGGGACUCAGCUGAUGGAGAGACUAAAGCCAACUAUGCAACACAUGUUUAUCAAGUUCUAUUCCGCCCACUUAUUCCAGAAUGGCAGUGUAUUAGUAGGAGAGCUCUACAGCUAUGGAACAUUAUUAAAUGCCAUUAACCUCUAUAAAAAUACUCCUGAAAAAGUGAUGCCUCAAGGUCUCGUCAUCUCUUUUGCUAUGAGAAUGCUUUACAUGAUUGAGCAAGUGCAUGACUGUGAAAUCAUUCAUGGAGACAUUAAGCCAGACAAUUUCAUACUUGGAAACGGAUUUUUGGAACAGGAUGAUGAAGAUGAUUUAUCUGUUGGCUUGGCACUGAUUGACCUGGGUCAGAGUAUAGAUAUGAAACUUUUUCCAAAAGGAACUAAAUUCACAGCAAAAUGUAACACAUCUGGUUUUCAGUGUGUUGAGAUGCUCAGCAACAAACCGUGGAACUACCAGAUCGAUUACUUUGGGGUUGCUGCAACAGUAUAUUGCAUGCUCUUCGGCACUUACAUGAAAGUGAAAAAUGAAGGAGGAGUGUGGAAGCCUGAAGGUCUUUUUAGAAGGCUUCCUCAUUUGGAUAUGUGGAAUGAAUUUUUUCACAUCAUGUUGAAUAUUCCAGAUUGUCAUCAUCUUCCAUCUUUGGAUUUGUUAAGGCAAAAGCUGAAGAACAUAUUUCAGCAACACUAUACUAACAAGAUUAGGGCCCUACGUAAUAGGCUAAUUGUACUGCUCUUAGAAUGUAAGCGUUCACGGAAAUAAAAUUUGGAUAUAGACAAAUCUUAUAAAACACACUGUAAAUAUGAUUUUGCUCACUUUGAACCUUGAUUUUUUCCAUUUAUUGUUUAUGUACAUGUUUGUUAAAAAUAAAUCCCAUAGAAUAAAUUCAUGU